AUGGUGGUGGACGAACAAGGGUUAGAGCACCAUGAUGACAAGCCCGCGACGAGCGACGUCGCGGCGCGAAUUGCGACAGUGCGCGGAAGAGCGCAGCCCGCCGCCCCAGGAAGCGGCGCGGGCGUGCCGGCUAUAAAGCGCCGCUUCGUGCCUCCAGGCCCGCACACAGUUCCGCCGCCAGCGCCCGGCGCCACUCCUCCAGUCCAGUCGCUUCCAAUUUCCAGUGAUACUACCGAAGGCGCCCCUAUUAUGGGAUCCAGAAUACUGAUGUGUGCUGUGCUCGCUGUGCUGCUGGCACUGCCGCUGGAGACCCCGGCUGCAGCCGGGCUGUCUCGGGGACGGCGAUUCGCCGAGGAGGAGGGCGACGACGAUUCGUGGGCUGUGCGCACCUUCAGCCAGCGGGGGCGACCCGCCUACCAGCACCACGGCACCAGAGAUGCGGACGAAGACGCCGCGGCCGAGGAGUCGGUGCGCCAGGUGGAGGUACAGGCGGCGCAGCGGUCGACGCCCGGCCCGCGGUACCUGCCGACGCCGUCAGCCAGAAGGAAGGAGGCGGGCAAGCACGACGGAAAGCCCAAGUCGACGCCGGGACCCAAGUACCUGCCCACGCCCUCCACCACCGCCUACACGGACGCGGACGACGUAACCAAAGCGACGCGGCAGGAGACCACGUGGUACACCGAGACUUCGUCUCACGUCCGUUCUUCGACAACGAGGAGUGACAUCGGCAGUACGGUGUCGAGGGCGGCCCCGUCGACGACGCAAGAGAUCAGCAACGACGUACGCACGAAACCCAGCCAGCGACGAGGACGCGUCCGCUACAGGAGCACCGUGUCAGAGACCAGGACCAGGAAUUCUCCGGCGCCCCGCGCCUCCCGCAGGAGAACGACUCAUUCCACAACGGCGUCCAGCGUAGACGAGAAGAUUGCGACUCCAGAGGGCGGAUUCGGACGAGUGCAGUCUCAAGCUUCAGUUACCAAACGGGUGACUGACAGCGUGACGUCGACGACGACUUCCAAGCCGCAAAGUAACAAGCCCUCGACAUCAACGCCGGCGGCGCAAAACGCAUCGGCAAACAAAAGCUCGGGCACUAAUACACCUGCAAAGAAAUCAAAGCAGGACACGACGGUACACGCUGCUGGAACACUAGAAAGCCAACAGAUACCUGCCUCUUUCUGGAAAAGCUUGAGAGAAGAACUCCUGAACACUGCCGCGGAGGAAGGAGCGGAAACUAAGAAAGAGGUCCGCGAAACAAAAGACUCCGCGUCUACUGAAAAAGCAGCGACGAACGGCAAAGAGGUGAAAGCGAAAGGAAGUGCGGAAGCUAAUAGCUCAUCAACCAAGUCUUGCAGCCAUUCCAGCGGCGAGGAGAAAGGUAACCACACCGUGGCUCCGUCACGACGCAAAGCAAAUGAAUCUUCUAAAGCGUCGGCGGCUCCUCGGCCGGCUGUGACAAAAGCAGCCAACCACGCGAGCAGCAAAGCCCCAGCAGUCACGGCCGCCAAGUCUUCACAGUCGACGGCAGGGCGCCAGGCUUCGGCGAAAGACUCCUCGACUCCCACUUCCGGAGGGACAACGCCCCUCACGCGGGAAACGUCGACAAGUCCACCGGAGAGGAAGCAACCGGAGCCGCAGAAGCAGGAGGCGUCAGCGAAGAAAGCGGAACCCGCGGCCGACGCUAAGCGUCCUUCCGAGGCGACGACCGCAGGCACCGUCGGUCAGCAGAAAGUCACGCCCGCGGCGUCGUAA